GACCCCGAAGAAAUGGAACUGAUGGAUAUCAGAUGGUGCAUGGCCAGUGCAGUUCGUCGAGCACAACGGUUCAUGGAAAUUACGGGGAGGAAGUCAAUUGGAGGGCCAUCUACUAAACUGGGUUUUGACAAAUCCGAAGUGACAUGUUUCAAAUGCAAACAGAAAGGUCACUUCAAUCGCGAGUGCAUAAACUCGUAUGUUGCUGAAGAUUCUGAAAAUCCGUUCAACGAAGACUAUUACAAGAAAGCGAUUUAUCAUCAAAAUAAGUCUGAACCACCAAGGUUGAAGCAGCAGGAAGAAAAAUCAAGGGCUCUUGCAGUCACUUAUGAGGACGAAGGUUAUGACUGGAGCAAAGAAGUUCUUCCAGAACAGGAUGCUGUUGGUUAUGCAUUCGUGGCAAAAGAUGAUCAUGAUACAUGGUGGAGAAAAGAUAGUGCAAGAUGGGAGAUUGGCAAGCUGUAUGAACCAUUUCAAGAAGCACAGAGAGCCAAGAGAUGGAAUGAAGAGUUGGAGUGUUACUUGGAUCCACAGGGGAAUCCAGUGGUAGAUCCGUCAAAAGUUGAUUUUGAUGCUGUAACUAAUGUGUUUCCAAGUGAGCGUGUUUUCAACACAAAAAGACUUUCUGAUAGCAGCUAUCUGCCAGAGUUGAUGAACAAGUUGAAAGAAGUUUUUGAAGCUAGUCUACUGAAGGUAGUAGAGAUGAAGAAGAGAAAAGAAGAAGAGUUGAAGAAGAUGAUUGAAGAGGUAAAGACUGUUGCAAAGCUUGCUGGUGAAGAAAAUGAAAAAGCUGAGGAAGAACAAAAGCUGAAAGAGAUGGAAGAAAAAGUUGAGAAGAUACAGGAGACAAAAGCAGCUGAGCACGUCGAGGUGUCAAUUACUGAGGUGAUAAUUGCUGAUGAAGAUUGUGAGAGUGUUGCACAGGAAGAGGUUGAAGAUCCCUGGUUUUGGUCAGACAGGGAGUUUGUUUGUUGUUUUGUAUAAGUUUGAAGUUGUGUUUGAUGAUUGCUGAUUGAUUGUUGGUUGUUUGUUUGGUUGGUUGAUGAUUGUGAUGUUUGAUGUUAGUUUUCUUUGAAUACGUGGUGUUGGACUAUGCCGAAACACUCACGGCGGAACAAACAUGAUUUCUCACAAGUUGAAGAACGGUUGUCUAAUUGUAAAAAUCAAUGGGUUGUAAAUCAUGGGGGUACGUUAUAUUUUCUGCGAAACAGAGCAUGAGAUGCAGAAAAUGGAUGG